UCAGAUCGAUCCUUUUCGUGGCCUUCGCUCCUUUGCUCUUGCUUCAACAGUGCUUGAACGGAGCAGGAUCGCGGCCGCCGCACUAUCAUCUUCAUCUUUUAGCCAGCCAGCCAGUCCAGUCACCGAUUUGCACCAUGAGCUCCCAGAUCCGCCAGAACUACGACGCCAAGAGCGAAGCCGGAGUGAACCGCUUGGUCAACCAGUUUCUCCAUGCCAGCUACAACUACCUGUCCCUGGGUUUCUACUUCACCCGGGAUGAUGUGGCCUUAUCCAAGUUCUCAUCCUUCUUCCGGCACCUCUCUGAGGAGAAGCACGAACAAGCAGAGAAGCUCUUGACUUUCCAGAACCGCCGUGGAGGCCGAGUUGUCCUGCAGGAUGUCAAAAAACCAGAACGUGACGAGUGGACCAACGGAGCUGCUGCCAUGGAUGCAGCCCUUAAGCUGGAGAAGAGUGUGAACCAGGCUCUGCUGGACUUGCACCAGAUUGCUACCAGCCACACAGAUCCCCAUCUGUGUGACUUCCUGGAGACUCAUUUCCUGGAUGAGGAGGUGAAACUGAUCAAGAAGCUCGGGGACCACGUGACCAACCUCAAGCGUGUGCGUGCCAGUGAGGAGGGCCUUGGUGAAUACCUCUUUGACCGUCUCACCCUGGGAGAGUCCAGUGACUGAAUCCAGAGAUGCUGGUUCCCUCCCGGCUCCCGCCAGAAGUGUGUGCUGCUUUGUGCAUCUUACCCUGUUCUCUCGAAAGCUGGCUGCUUAACCAGCGAGGCCUCUGUAACCCUGUCCAUCUACAGGGAGGGAAAAGUCUGUAACUGGCAUUAAAUAAACUUGGCAUUAAGCACUA